AUGUCCAAGUACAAUGUCCAGGACGUCGAUCUCGAAACGGGGAAGCAGGUUCGGUUAACCGGAUACUGCAAUGCCGCCUUCGAGGAUCCUCUUCGAAGCAACAACAACGAUCUCGAUCAAAUGCCCGAGUUCGAGAACAGACUCAACAAUAUUCGUGUUUGCAAUCAGGAUGAUAAAACCGUGAGCAACGAUGUUCCUCAAAAUCCUGAAAAAGAUCUAUUAUGCUCUUUAGGAAGGAAAUGGGUGUAUCAACGAAUCAAAAGAUCGUGCAAGAAAAAAAUGGUUUACAAAAGGGUACCUAUAGCAGCGUGGAUACAAACGUAUCGUAAGGAUUACAUAGUAAGUGAUCUCGUUGCUGGUAUUACCGUAGGCCUUACCGUUAUACCACAGGCGAUAGCUUAUGCGAAUGUGGCAGGACUUCCUUUGCAGUAUGGUUUAUAUUCAUCUUUCAUGGCAUGCUUCGUGUACACUAUCUUUGGAUCCUGUAAAGACGUUCCAGUUGGGCCAACUGCAAUUAUCGCAAUCUUGACGAGAGAAACGUUACAAAAAUCUGAUUUAGGGCCCGAUUUUGCGGUUCUUUUAACAUUCAUCUCUGGUUGCGCGUGUUUAUUAAUGGGAAUUUUACAUUUAGGUUUUUUAUUGGAUUUCAUAUCAGGACCAGUUUCGGUCGGUUUUACGUCGGCAGCAGCGAUAAUUAUUGCUACUAGCCAAGUGAAGGAUAUUCUAGGCAUUCAUAUAGGUGGUAGUAAAUUUGUCGAAGUAUGGCAAAAUAUAUUCGAAAAAAUUGGAGAAACAAAACUUUGGGACAGUGCAUUGGGUAUCACUUGUAUAAUCGUACUACUUCUUCUUAGAAAAAUCAAAGAUAUACCAUUUAUGCAAAAAGCGGCAAAAAUGUCGUCGAGAGUACAAGUAAUUAUGCAAAAAUCACUUUGGUUACUGUCCACGGCACGAAAUAUUCUCGUGGUCCUCGUUUGCGGUGUUAUAUGCUGGCUUUUAGAAAGUCACUUAGGUUCCUCACCCGUUAAAUUGACGGGCCACGUUAAACAAGGACUUCCGGAAUUUCAGCUACCACCGUUUCAAACCUAUUACAAGAACGAAACUUAUAACUUCGUCGAUAUGGUUUCCGCACUCGGUUCUGGAUGUCUAGUCAUUCCUUUAUUGAGCCUCUUAGAAACCAUCUCUAUUGCCAAAGUUUUUAAUGAAGGUAAACCAAUCGAUGCGACUCAAGAAAUGUUGGCUUUAGGCGUAUGCAACGUUGUGUCAGCUUUCGUUUCUUCCAUGCCUGUAAGCGGUGGCCUUAGUCGUGGUGCCGUAAAUCAUUCAUCCGGAGUGAAAACGACUCUUGGUGGUGUUUAUACUGGACUUUUAGUACUUGUAUCACUUCAGUUCCUUACCCCGUAUUUGUACUUUAUUCCUAACGCCGCCCUUGCUGCAAUCAUCAUCGCGGCUGUCAUUUUUAUGGUGGAAUUACACGUGAUUAAGCCUAUAUGGAGAACAAAAAAAAUUGAUCUCAUACCAGCUGUGGCUACAUUUUUAUGCUGUCUUUUUAUAAGGCUUGAAUUAGGUAUAGUAAUUGGUAUCGGUAUAAACGUUUUGUUCCUACUUUAUGCUUCAGCAAGACCAUCGCUACGAGUUCAUAAAGAUACAAGUAUCAACGGCUGUGAAUAUCUUGUCAUAACGCCCGACAGAAGUCUUGUUUUUCCAAGUGUCGAAUACGUGCGGGCUGUAAUUAGUAAGCAAGGUACAAAACAGGGAACAGCGGUACCUGUUGUUAUAGAUUCUACACAUAUCCAAGCAGCAGAUUUUACAGCUGCAAAGGGAAUUAAAAGUUUAACGGAAGAUUUUUCGAAACGUGGACAACCUUUGAUUUUUCAUAAUUUGAAACCGAGUAUUAUUGAAAUUUUCAAAGGUGUAAAACCUUCUGGUUUGAAAUGUAGUUCUAGCGAACUUGAACUUAACGAUUGUUUGAAAGAAUUUUCAAAUUCGUCAACUACUAUGAACAGGUACUGAUAAUAUUUAGACUUUUAUAAAUUCCGUCCCGGAAGUACUCCUUUUUUUUAUUUUAUACAUAUCAGUAUUAUAUUAAUUCGAAAACGAACAAUAUAGAUAAUAUUACAAUAAAGAGGAACAAUAUGUUUUAAUAAUUAUUGUAAUUAAGUAUCAACCCUUUGGAUACAAUAUUACAUUAUACGACGAUAUUUCAUGUAUGUAAUUUCACAUAAAUAAAAUAAAAACUUUUCACUACU